CCGGUACCGUCGCCGCGGAGCGCUUUGCCAGCACCCUGGCAACCGACUCGGACGCCGGGCUUCUGGAAGCGGCCCGGGCCACCCCUCGGAGGAGCAGUAUUAUUAAGGAUCCUUCAAAAUGUGGACGCAAAAAAACAGUCUCCUUCAGCAGCAUGCCCUCAGAAAAGAAAAUAAGUAGUGCAAGUGACUGCAUUAGCUUCAUGCAAGCUGGCUGUGAACUGAAGAAAGUCCGGCUAAACUCUCGUAUUUAUAAUAGAUUUUUUACUCUUGACCCUGAUUUACAGGCACUUCGCUGGGAACCCUCGAAAAAGGAUUCAGAGAAGGCAAAACUUGAUAUUUCUGCAAUUAAAGAGAUCAGAUUAGGGAAGAACACAGAAACAUUCAGAAACAAUGGACUUGCAGAUCAGAUUUCUGAAGACUGUGCCUUCUCCAUAAUUCAUGGAGAAAAUUAUGAAUCUCUAGACUUAGUUGCCAAUUCAGCAGAUGUUGCCAACAUUUGGGUGUCAGGUUUACAAUACCUGGUUUCUCGUACUAAGCAAUGUUUGGAUUUAAUAGAGAGCAGCCAAAAUACUCCACGGUUUGCUUGGCUUACAUCUGUAUUUGAAGCUGCAGAUGUUGAAGGCAAUGGGAUUAUGUUGGAAGACACAGUUGUAGAAUUAAUAAAACAGCUGAAUCCAGCCUUAAAAGAAUCCAAAAUCAGAUUAAAAUUUAAAGAAAUUCAAAGAAGCAAAGAGAAACUAACAACUCGUGUAACAACAGAAGAAUUUUGUGAAGCAUACACAGAGCUUUGUACAAGACCUGAAGUUUAUUUUUUGCUAGUACAAAUAUCUAAAAAUAAAGAGUAUGUAGAUGCCAAGGACCUCAUGCUUUUUUUAGAAGCUGAGCAAGGGGUUUCAGGUAUCACUGAGGACAUUUGCCUUGAUAUCAUUCGUAGAUAUGAAUUUUCACAGGAAGGGCAGUUGAAAGGUUUCCUUGCAAUUGAUGGAUUUACACAAUAUUUGCUGUCUCCAGAAUGUGAUAUUUUUGAUACCACACAUAAAAGGGUUGUUCAAGACAUGACCCAGUCUUUAUCACACUAUUAUAUUAAUUCAUCUCACAAUACCUAUCUGAUAGAAGACCAGGUUCGAGGGCCAGCAGAUAUCAAUGGCUAUAUCAGGGCACUGAAAAUGAACUGUAGAAGUAUCGAACUGGAUGUUUGUGAUGGGCCAGAUAAUGAGCCCAUCAUUUGUAACCGUAAUAAUAGGGCAUCACUUUUGUCCUUUAAAUAUGUAAUUGAAAUAAUCAACAAAUUAGCCUUUGUUUCUUCAGAGUAUCCUCUUAUUCUCUGUUUGCAAAACCACUGUUCCAUACAGCAACAGAAAACCAUGGCUGAACAUAUGAAGAAGACUUUUGGGACCAAACUCUACACAGAUGUACCACUACCAUCAGAGAUGUAUCUACCAUCUCCAGAGAAACUGAAAAUGAAGAUUAUUAUCAAAGGAAAGAAAUUGCCUUAUGGUAAGGAUUUAUUAGAAGGAGAAGUCACAGAUGAAGAUGAAGAAGCUGAAAUAUCUCGCAGAAAGUCUGAAGAGUAUUUAGGGGAUCCGAAAAUGUCCUGGCUAUGCAAAGAGCUUUCUGAUCUUGUAACUAUAUGUAAAUCAGUCCAAUUCAAGGAUUUUGAGAACUCAAUGAAAAAGCAGAAUUAUUGGGAAAUGUGUUCCUUCAGUGAAGGAGAAGCCAGUAAAAUUGCAAAUGAAUGUCCAGAAGACUUUGUCAAUUAUAAUAAGAGAUUUCUGUCCCGAAUAUAUCCAAGUGCCAUGAGAAUAGAUUCCAGUAAUGUAAACCCACAAGACUUUUGGAACUGUGGUUGUCAGAUAGUGGCAAUGAAUUAUCAAACACCUGGGCCAAUGAUGGAUUUACAUACUGGAUGGUUUCUACAGAAUGGGGGUUGUGGUUAUGUCCUUCGACCUUCUGUUAUGCGAGAAGAAGUGUCUUACUUCAGUGCAAACACAAAAGGCAUCGUCCCAGGGGCUUCCCCACAAGUUUUACAUGUCAAAAUCAUCAGUGGACAAAACUUUCCAAAGCCUAAAGGAGCCUGUGCCAAAGGGGAUGUCAUAGAUCCUUAUGUCUGUCUAGAAAUCCAUGGCAUACCCGCAGACUGUACAGAACAGAGGACUAAAACUGUUCAGCAGAACAGUGAUAAUCCUAUUUUUGAUGAGAGUUUUGAGUUUGAGAUCAACUUGCCAGAACUUGCCAUGAUCCGUUUUGUAGUCUUGGAUGAUGAUUAUAUUGGUGAUGAAUUCAUAGGUCAAUAUACAAUCCCCCUGGAAUGUUUACAGUCAGGCUAUCGACACAUACCUCUGCGCUCCUUUAUAGGGGACAUCAUGGAGCAUGUUACUCUUUUUGUGCACAUUGCAAUAACUAAUCGGAGCGGUGGAGGGAAGCCACAAAAGCGUAGCCUGACGGCUAGAAUGGGAAUGAAAACUAGAGACUAUACUAUGCUGAGGAACACAAGUCUUAAGACUAUAGACGAUAUCUUUAAGCUAGCAGUACAUCCAUUGAGAGAAGCAACUGACCUGAGGGAGAACAUGCAGAAUUCCAUUCUGUCUGUGAAAGAACUUUGUGGCCUCCCACCAAUUACCAGUCUGAAGCAAUGCAUUUUGACCUUGGUUUCACGGCUUGUGAACAGCGACAGUGUCCCUUCAGUGGUUCUCUGCAUGAAGGACAACCUUCCUUAUCUAGAACCAUUGGGAACUCUGACAGAUGUGCAGAAAAAGGUUCUAGCUGCUUAUGACCAGAUGAUUCAAGAGAGCAAGUUUCUUGUAGAAACAGCAGAUACUGUUUACGACAAAAUAAUUCAGUGUCAGAAAGCAGGAAUGGAGCUCCAUGAAGAACUACACAACUUAGGAACAAAGGAAGGCUUGAAAGGAAGAAAACUCAGCAAAGCAAUUGAGAGUUUUGCGUGGAAUAUCACUGUGCUGAAGGGACAAGGGGAUCUACUGAGGAACGCCAAAAAUGAAGCCAUAGAAAAUAUGAAGCAGAUCCAGCUGGCUUGUUUAUCACGUGGACUGAGCAAAAGUGGAAGUGGGAACUCGGAUGCCAAGGCUAAGCGAGGUCCUGAGCCAAUCGAAAAAAAAGAGACAAGCAGCGAGAAUGCCAGGCUCUGAACAAAGCCAACGGUGUCAUAUAUUUCAAUAGUCCAAAAUUAUUUUUUUAACACAUUAAAAAAAGAGAGAGAGAAAGAAAGAAGGAUCACACUAGCAUCCUCUACAGGGCAUCGGAAGUAUUAAAAUUCUCAUAGUGCCAGUGUUUUACUGCUGUCAUCUGCCUACAUUUAAACUCUCUGGUAGUGACAUUCUAAUAAUUUCCAGUUUUGUGUGGGGAGAUCCUUUAACAUUUUCCAUGAAUUACUUUAUUGCCCUUUUCCUUAUUUAUUAUUUUGUAAUUCUGAAGAGCUAUGUGGAGAGGGAAAGGUAAUACUUCACUCUUUGGGUUUAUACUUUGCUCUACCAGCUUUUGACAGUGUGAUUUUUCAAGUCUGUAAUAUAGGUUUUACCAGCAAAAGAAACAAAGACAGAAAAAUAACUCAGUCUUUUAUUAGUGUGAAUUAAUAAAGGAUUCCUCAACAUAGAAGAAUAAAUUAUUAACUUUUUCAUUAAAUUAAGUUAAUAAAUUAUUAAACACUUUCUCUUUUUUAAUGGAAGUCAGUAGGAUUUCCGAUGUACAUUCCAUUGACUUUUGCUAAUCACGAUUUGAAAUGCAUUAAUAUAAUACCUAUUAGUGAAAGAAAUUGGUAACUUUUUAUCUCAGAUAGGUGGCUGGGGUUCAGUCUGAGCUCUACAAAAGAUGCUGUAGGUCUGGACAAAAUGAUUCUGGACUUUGCUUGUGAAUUGCAAAUUUGUAGAAUGGAACAGAACAUACAAAGAUAAUUAAUAAUGCUGAAAUAUUUCUCACUGCCACUAGCUGAACAAAAGUAAUAUAAACAAUUGAUGUUUAUAAAAGAUACCUUAAUUUGGAUUUUUCAUUCAUAUAGACAAAUCUGCACAGGUCGCAUGAGCAAAGGUCCAUCUCACGAUUGAUGCCAAAGCAUGCACUUAAUUCACAGAAGUUCCUCCUCCAGCUUUGCAUACCAGGUAGAGCAUUUGGUAUGGCAGCCUCUUGAUUCACUGUGGGACAUAAAGUGUGAAUUACAAGACCUUGCACAUUUUCUAAGCACCAUCAUGCAAUUCUUGAGCCUUUAUGCUUAGGUAGUUUUUGCAACAUUUGCUGUGUUUCCUUGGUUACAUUAUUGUGAGAAUACUUUCACAUCUUUGAAGUAUAUAUCAUGAGAGACAAUGCUACGAUAGGCACGUAAUAGUCUUCUUUUUUCAAUUCCAGCAGAAAUUAUGCAACCAGUCUGAACUGAUUAACAUGAUAUAAGCAGAUUCAAACUGAGUAGGUGAAUUGAAGCUUCCAUACGUGAUCAUAUCUAUCCUGUUUCUAAGCAGAACACUAGGUGCAUUGAUGUUGUUAUACAAUAUUUAACAUUUAUAUCACAAAGCUAAAAAUUAAGUCACAUGGGUGACGCAGCAUAGAGGAGUGAAUUGCUAGCUGUGCUUCUAGUGAGUCAGGCACAUGGUGAUGAUCCCCAUCGUUCUUUCCUGUUUGCCCAAAUCUUACUUUUGUCACAUCAAUUUCAUCGUGUGAGUUUUACCACAGAUUUGAUAGGCUGGAAAUGUGAAGCAACAUAGAGAGUAAGAGCUUAAAAAACUGAAUGGUUAUUAUAAAUUCUCAGCAUGUUCCAUUAAAAAAAAAAUUAAAUGUUGAGAAGAAGACAUCUGAAUUCUGCUGUUGUUUUAUUCUCUAGUAAAGCUGGAAGACAAGUGAAAAUGCCUCCUUGUUACCAUCCUUCACAGUGCCUGGCUCAAAUACUUUAGUAAUGGUUGUGUAUUUCAGAUUUCUCAAAGCUUCAGUAUAUACAGUAGUGGUCAAAUUUGUGGAAACCUUUUGGGAAAAAUGUCUCCUUACAUAUUUUAUGCCAUCACUACCAACCAGAGAGAUCUUGGUCUCAUCACUCCAAAUAACACUGUCCCAUUGCUUCUCUGUCCAGGUAACAUGGGUUUUAGCCCGGUUAAGUCUUUUCAACCU